AUGGCGCCUUUCCAGCUCACUACCACCAACGCCGCCACAGCCAUCACUACCUGCGGCUUUUGCUACAUGCGCGAGGCCCAGCAUGGCAACAUGAUGUCCAUUCCCUGCCCUGACGAGGGAGUGGAAAAGCUUGGAAAACGGAUCCAAAAACUGUUUAGGCAAGCUGCGGUCCACUACUGGGCCGCAACCGAGGCUGCCUACACCAGCAUGGACGAGAAGAACGCCGAAGCCUCACUUCGCGAGGUUAGAAAGGCGGAUGCGGCUCUGAAGCGAGCCUGGACCAUUGUUCAGGAGGCUGAGGAGCUUGUACUCAGAAUGGAGAAGAUUCUUGUUCGUACGGGCACCUUGGUUGCCGCUACAGCGGAGCUUAUCCAGGCUUUUGACAGGGCUGCCGACGUCGUCGAGGUUGUGAGGAGUGGCUUUGCCGCCGUUAAGGCUCGCAUUAGAGCUUGA